AUGACUGCUACUUUCCUGCUGUCCAUGGUUUUUGGCCUUGUAUGUGGGCAAACGAUGUCCUUUUGUGUUCCAACUGAGUAUACAAUGCACGUCGAAAGGAGAGAGUGUGCUUAUUGCUUAACUAUCAACACGACCAUCUGUGCUGGAUAUUGUAUGACACGGGAUAUUAAUGGCAAGCUGUUUCUCCCCAAGUAUGCGCUGUCCCAGGACGUUUGUACAUUUAGAGACUUCGUUUAUAGGACUGUAGAAAUACCAGGAUGCCCACGGGAUGUUGCACCCUAUUUCUCCUACCCUGUUGCUGUAAGCUGUAAGUGUGGCAAAUGUAAUACCGACUACAGUGACUGUAUACAUGAGGCCAUCAAGACAAACUACUGUACCAAACCUCAGAAGUCCUAUGAGGUGGAAUUUUCUGUCUGA